UCACUGCCCGAAUGCAAGCGGCGAUAAACAGUCGGGCUGCGUGUGUAUUUCGUUGUGCGAGGCCAAUUUUACUCCAAGGCCGGACGAAUUUUGAUUGUUCGAUGCUGCGCCGUGGGGCCUCCGUCAGGCUCAUCGCUCUCCGACCGUUCGCAUCGCAGGCCCAGGAAAAGGCCGCUGCGAGCAAUGGGCCCUGGCCUUACUCCCAGGUCCCUGGGCCCAAAGCGAUUCCGUUGCUGGGCAACAAAUUCCGAUUCUUUCCCGGCUUCGCCAAAUAUGACUUUACAAAUUUGAUCACACUGCACAAGCAGCUGCGCGAUGAAUUCGGCGACAUUGUCAAAUUUGGUGGCUUGGAGCCAAGGAGAGAUCUGCUUUUCAUUUACAAACCAGAGGAUAUGGAAACCAUGUUCAGGAACGACGGUCCUUGGCCGGAGAGACCCUCUUUUAAGGCACUCCAAUACUACAGGGACGUCACGAACAAGGACGUCUUCCAGGGUCUGUCUGGCGUUCUGGUGGAUCAAGGUCCAGCGUGGCAAGAAGCGAGGUCGCAGGUCAAUCCAGUCAUGAUGAAAACCCAAACUGUGCAAAUGUAUGCCGGGAAAAUUGGGGACGUCGCUGAGGACUUUGUCAACAUGAUCGCUGAUAUGAGGGACGAGAAAAACGAAGUGCCGGACACCUUCAAAAACGAAAUUCACAAAUGGGCCCUGGAGUCCAUCGCGCUUGUUGCGUUGGACACGAGGCUGGGGUGCCUGAGGAAUAAUUUGCCCGACGACUCAGAGCCGCAGAGAAUGAUAGACUCGGUGCACAAAAUGCUGCAAUGUCUGCACUCCCUUGAGAUGGGAAACACAACCCUUUGGACCUUUAUAUCGACGCCAACCUGGCGAGAAUUCGCCUCCACCUUGGAUUAUUUUACAGCCGUUGCUCUAAAAUACGUGAAUGAGGCGAUUGAGAGGUCGAAAAAAAUCCCAACGGAUGACGGAAAUAAGAUGAGCGUUGUGGAGCGGUUUUUGAAAAGAGACCCAAAUCCAACGAGAGCUGUCAUCAUGGCGCUGGACAUGCUGAUGGCUGGAGUUGACACGACCUCACAUGCCCUUACAAAUCUGCUUCUUCAUUUGUCGGCCAACCAGGAAAAGCAAGAGAAGCUAUAUGAGGAGCUGAAGAGGCUGCUGCCCGACCCCAGCACGCCGAUCACCAACGAAAUGCUUGACGAAAUGAAGUACAUGCGUGCGUGCAUCAAAGAAAGUGCCAGACUCAUGCCGGUCAUAACAGGCAACGCCAGAACGACCCAGAAAGAAGUGGUCCUCUCAAAUUACGUCAUUCCUAAAAAUGUUGAUGUUAUCAUGCCGAACGCUUUAAUUUCCCGCAUGGAAAAAUACUACAAGGAGCCGGACCAAUUCAUUCCUGAAAGGUGGAUCAGGGGAAGCGACCAGAAGGAGAGCGUCAACCCGUUCGUCACUCUCCCCUUUGGUCACGGAGCUAGGAAAUGCGUGGGUAUGCGGUUUGCCUCGCUCGAACUGGAAAUGGUGCUUGCCAAGAUGAUAAGGCGAUUCAAAUGGAACUACAACUACGGAGAAAUGAAGUACCAAACAUUUUUGGUGCACGUACCCAUGGACCCGCUCAAGUUUCAAGUCACCCAGCGUACCAAUUGACUCUGUAAGGGGUAAUUUAGAAAUAAAAACGCAGAGCGAGAUUAUGGAAUCGAUGGUCUGAUAAGGAGUGAGGAGUGUAAGAUAAAGGUUCACAUCGCAGUUAUAGACAUUUCAUUCUAAAAACUAUUUUUAAAAAGUCGACGAAAAAUUGUAUAAUUAGACACGUUAUAUUUUUUUAACUUCUAGCUGUGUUAGAAAUCCAGAUUGAGUAUCAAUAAAAAAUAUUUUCAAUACAAAGAAAAA